AUGUUUGAUGACCUUAUCCACAACGGUGGAAGUGAUACAUAUGGUCCGAUAAACGUCAACACCACGUCCUUCUCGGUUAUCAUUUUUGGCGGAGACGAGAAACUCCGAGAUGAUCCCAUCUUCUUCCAGUAUCACUACACGUCUCCCGAGGAUCAGAUUUCCAAUGGUAACAUCACAUCGGCUACUAGAUUCCCUAUCGGCGAUGUUACGAUGGUAUUUACUGUGUAUACCUGGCUCGCCAAGAUGGGUGAGCAGUGGGAGACACCCAUUACCAAGUAUCUCCCUGAACUGUCUGAUGUCAAGAGUCCAUACGCUCCGUUGUGGGACGAUAUCACAAUUGGCGCUCUGGCUGGUCAAGUGUCUGGACUCAGUCGCGAGUCCAACACGUGUGUGGUGGGCGAGCCCUGUGAUUGGGAAUCUUUUAAGGAGGCCUUUGCUACCAAGUCGCCUUAUUUCUUACCCGACACGACUCCUGUGGUGUCUUACGCAGCUUGGCAGCUUCUAGUCUUCGCUAUGGAAAGAGAAAGCGGCAGUGAUUGGUCGUCUAUCCUUGAAGAUACUCUUUUGAACCCUUUGAACUUGACUGCCAGUGGUGUUUUGAGCCAGGAUAGCAAAGACAUCUUUGCCAAGGAAAGUCUCAACACUUCCAUAAUCGGAGAACCUGGUGCAUUGUCAUUUGUAAGCUCCAUGGAAGACCUUGCUCGCGCCGGCCACUCCAUGCUUACUUCCGACAUACUUCCUUUAACUGUUAGUCGUCGAUGGCUCAAGUCUCAUGCUGAUACUUCCAACCUCCGCAACGGUGUCGGUCGUCCUUGGGAAGUUUACCGCGCCGGACAGAACAUCCGUCCUAUUAUGGACGCUUUGACGAAAGCUGGUACCAUUGGCAAAUAUGCUAGCUACUUUGGCCUCACCACUGACUUCAACGCCGGUUUUGCCAUUCUGGCUCAUGAUAGCAGUGUCGACGAUCGAAAGCUGGAUCUCAAUGUUCAUGCUGAUAUUGUCAGCGAGGUCAUUGGGUAUUUCUCCCAGAUUGCAGUUGCACAGACAGAGGCUCGGUAUGCUGGUCAGUUCAGGGGUGAUGAAAAAUCGAUGGCUUUUCUCAACACGACGCGCGACGGCCACGGCCUAGCUGUCCAGAAACUUGUCAUAGAUGGGGUAAACAUCAAGGACCACACUGCUCAGAGACUGGGGAUAAAGUCAACCGAUCUUGACUUCAGAGUAUACCCUACCAACGUCAAAGAUGAAACUCAACACCAGUUCAUCGCUGUGUUUCAGGAUAAAAGUGCUCUGAUUGACAUGGGUACACCAACAUGUAUCAGUUGGCAGGAAAUUGGUGCUGAUGAUGAGAUUUAUGUUCGAUUCAACAUGAGAGCAGGAAAGGUAGUUGGACUCGACAUUCCCCAGUGGGAUGCUGAGAUGGUGCGAACAGACUAG